AUGUCAUUAACCCUUUCCCUCUUAGCGCCCAAUCCAGAUGACUAUGAGGCAAAAUACCCCGCCGAUGAAUUUGGCGAAGAAGCCGGGCCCAAUGCAAGAUUUUGGCGCGUUUAUCUCGAUGAAGCGGAAGUAUUCGAUAUGGAAAUGACAGAAGGCUGGAAGGAUACAAUCGACGUGCUCCUGGCUGGUCUUUUCUCAGCUGUCGUCACUACAUUCGUCGCACAAACCUCUCAAUCUCUCGACUAUAAUUACUCAAAGAUAUCUACUUCGCUAUUAACGGAACUAGUCGGACUACAACGUGCACAAAUGGAAGGAUCGUCGCCAGGAUCUGUUAAUCGCUCUGAGCUGAAUUUCUCGACGACACCUUUUAAGGCAGAGAAAAGUGAUCGCUGGGUUAAUGGUCUUUGGUUUACCAGCCUCUCUCUCAGCCUGUCGACUGCUCUCUUCUCAGUACUUGUCAAACAAUGGAUACAAAACUAUAUAUCGACUCUUACUGGCGAUGUACGGGGACGCGUACACACGAGACAGUUUCGUUAUAAUGGCCUAGAGACAUGGCACGUACGAGGGAUUAUAGGAUGGCUGCCGGUGAUGAUGCACACGUCACUCUGCAUAUUCUUUAUCGGGCUCGUCAUCUUCCUUGCAUCCCUCGAUAGCAUCAUUCCUUGGCUCGUCUGUUCUCUCGCGAGCGUCUCAUAUGGACUAUAUGCUGCGUCUAACAUUCUUCCCAUGAAACUUUUGAACUGUCCAUUCCGAACCCCUGUAUCCGAAUAUGCGUAUUGGCUGUUUUCCUUUACUUUUCGCCACGCCUCGAAACCGUUUAUACCUCCUACCUCUCUCUCCACGGUGACGCUAAAGCAAAUGGAAAGCAGGGUUAUCGAGAAAAUAAACGAUACGCUCGAUACAUCUUCAUUCACGUGGUUGACCCAAAACUCGUCCAGCCCCACCGCUAUGAGUGUGGCACUGCAGUCUAUCUCUGGAAUGGAAGAGAAUGAUGAAAACACGUCAAUGUUUCUAGCAUUGGAUAUGACAUAUGACUCUUCAUUCCCAAAAAUAUGGCGAAACGAAGUAGCCAGCUUUGUCGAGAAAUCACCCGAUGAUUCCGAUGAAUAUCUCCGAAUAGAGAGGUUCUCACGAUCCAUACUCAAGCUCUCUUUGAUAUACUUGAAUCAAAACCGCGAUUUUCUCCGGCCGCCAAAUCUGGAGCAACGCCCCAUACAAGACGUGCCGCCACCUCUUGUGCCAUCCUUUGCACUUCUGAGGGAUGGUAGUCACAGCUAUAUUACAAGGCUGAGGGAGCGGGGUCUCAGUAUGAAGAUGCCUCACCUGGUUAUUUGUGCUGCGGGCCUUUCAUGUAUGCUUGGAAGGAUGUUCCCUGGUUCAUCGGAGAGCGAGGUCCAAAACCUCUGGGAUGGCGACCACGAGAUUGACAUCGUCAUGAGUCUCACAAGCAUCGCAGAGGUGCUCAACGAUAACCCUGCCCAGGACGAAAAAUUGCGCCAAUACUUUACACUCUUCCUUCAUCACCUGCAUAUUUCUCUGAACCACUCUUAUCGUGCAAGGGAGAGUGAAGUUUGGUAUGACCUUGAACGAUAUCCACAAGGGAAAACGAUCAUAUGGUCUCUCUUCAGACUUGCCAAGUAUUUCUUCAAGCCUAGGCACGGUAUCUCUGUGAGCAUAGGAAGGAGAAUAAAGUCCCAAGUUCUCUGCGAGAGCAAGAUGAAACUUUCCAAUGAGUCCCUUUAUUUCUUUGAACGCUGGCUCAGGAAGAGGGGGAGUCUCAGUGACUAG